GUCAUAAUCAAAUAAUUAAUAGGCCGCCUACCAUCAAGCUUUAUACAGAGACUUUACACACACGCUACACACAUCCUUACUCACGCAGGUACACAUAUGGGAUCAACAAGUACAUCGAUGGAGGUCUCGGACCCAGCUAAUGUUCGAAUAAUCACGACUCUCGGGCAUGUCGAUCACGGAAAGACUACACUGAUGGAUGCCCUUCUCGCGGCAAACAACAUUAUUUCUCAUCGGAUGGCGGGUAAACUGAGGUUUCUUGAUAGUAGAGAAGACGAACAGGAACGCGGGAUCACGAUGGAAAGCAGCGCAGUAUCACUCAAGUUUCAGGUCAUGGGGCGACCCGACGAAGAAAGGUCCACAAAGACAUAUAUGGUGAAUAUGAUUGAUACUCCAGGACAUGUCGAUUUCUCGAGCGAAGUCUCUACUGCGUCUCGGUUGUGCGAUGGUGCACUAGUCCUUGUUGACGUCGUUGAAGGUGUAUGCACGCAGACUAUUGCUGUGCUUAGACAGGCAUGGGGGGAUAACCUCCGCCCGAUACUCGUCAUCAAUAAAAUGGAUAGACUCAUCACGGAGCUGAAGUUGGCGCCCAUUGAAGCUUACCAGCAUCUUUCACGACUGAUAGAACAAGUGAAUGCUGUUAUGGGCAGCUUUUUUGCAAGUGAAAUGAUGGAAGACGAUCUUCGAUGGAGGGAAGAGCGCGACCGACGGCUUGUUGAAAAGAAGGAUCAGCUUGCAGAUGAAGCCGAAGCGGCCGCCAAUGACACAGAUGAAUUCAAGGAGAAAGACGAUGAAGACAUCUACUUCGCGCCGGAGCGGGGUAAUGUAGUAUUUGCAUCUGCCAUUGAUGGUUGGGGUUUCAGAGUUGGGAAAUUCGCCCAGCUUUAUUCUGCAAAGCUCGGGUUCAAGGAAGCCAAUCUAAGGCGCGUUUUGUGGGGCGACUUCUAUCUCGAUCCCAAAACCAAGAAAGUUAUCAGUCACAAGCAUCUACGCGGACGCUCAUUGAAGCCAUUAUUUGUCCAAUUUGUGCUGGAGAACAUCUGGGCGGUCUAUGACGCCGUUGUGAUGAACCCGAACACAGAGAAAGUUACCAAAAUCGUAACAGCUCUCAAUCUGAAGAUUUUACCUCGGGAGCUGAAGUCAAAAGACAGCCGACAGUUACUGUCCACGAUUUUUAUGCAGUGGCUUUCACUGUCUACAUGCAUCAUUCAGGCGACUAUUGAUGUCGUUCCUUCCCCUCCUGUUGCCCAGGCAAUUCGCAUCCCCAGAAUGCUUUAUCCUAAUGUAUUCGACAAGAGCAUACAGCCAAAGAACAAAUUAGAGCAGGAUCUGUUCACGUCCAACUUCGCGCCAGACGCAGUUGUGGUUGCGUAUGUAAGCAAAAUGUUUGCUGUUGCAGCCAAAGAACUUCCGGAAAACAAGAAACGGCCUGUGACAGCGGACGAGCUACGUCAGCGGGCGCGAGAAGCCAAAGAAGCACGGGAUAACAGCACUCCUAUCCCAGAGACUCUGGACCCUCCCCAUGCAGCUCCAGACUCUCCUCCCGGUGUGGCUCUAGGAGAGUCGAACGCUUCUGAGGAGUCUGAAAUUAUUCUUGGCUUUGCACGACUGUAUUCCGGGACGAUACGCACUGGCUCCACUAUAUACUGUGUGCUGCCAAAAUACGACGCCUCCCUUCCUCCAAAUCACGCCCAUAAUGCUGCACAUCUUAUUCCGGCCAAGAUUGAUGGAUUGUACGUGAUGAUGGGCCGGGAGCUUAUCCCUGUGGAGAGUGUCAGGGCAGGGAACACCUUUGCAAUCAGGGGUUUGGCAGGCAAGGUCUACAGGAAUGCCACGCUUUGUGCACCACAAAGCAUAGGUUUUCCAGAGGGCGCGGAUCCUGUCCAAGUGCAAGAUAGUCUCAUCAACAUUGGUGGUGUCACUCGCACGGUAUCCCCUAUAGUGCGGGUGGCACUUGAACCUGUCAUCCCUUCUGAUAUGCCGAAACUUGUCGCAGGGAUGAAGCUCCUUGCUCAAGCUGAUCCCUGCGUGGAAACCUUUCAGCAACAAACUGGAGAACAUGUCAUUUUGACCGCAGGAGAAUUACACUUGGAGAGAUGUUUGAAAGAUUUGCGAGAGAGGUUUGCUCGUGUGGAGAUUCAGGCGUCUAAACCAAUAGUUCCUUUCCGCGAAACCGCUGUGAAAGCCCAAGAUAUGGCACCUACGAAGACGCCGAAUGCUGCCCGUGGAACCAUUCAGGGUGGAAGCUCACAGAACUUGGUCACUUUUUCGAUUCGCUCGGCGCCCGUUCCCGAUGUUAUCUUGCAAUUCUUGCUGCAUAAUUUAACGACUCUCAGGGAAUUGCAACAGGACGGCCAAACCGACAGGGAGACCUCCGGUGGUAGUAUCGAUAUUGUUUCCGAGAACGAACUGGUUGGUGUUCAAGGCGAUGUACUCCAUACUCCAAGUGUUAGAGCGGACCAAUUCUGGAAUGCACUAGAAGAGAGGUGCAACGAAGCUGGCGGGGAAUGGGCGAAAAUUUGCGACAGAAUCUGGUCAUUUGGUCCUCGUUACGCUGGGGGCUGUGUUCUUAUUGAUAAUCGCAAAGAUACCACACCGUUAUCGUUGAGGCGUCGCCUCUCACGGAAUUAUUCAACUCGGUCUACGGAUACAUCUGGCAAUGAUGUUGAUUUUACGGGCUACGUUGAGACAGGCUUCCAGUUAGCUACGUUCCAAGGACCGCUUUGUGCUGAGCCUGUCGAAGGGAUGGCCUAUUUCGUCGAGUCUAUUGACGUUGAUGCCGAUGGCGUCCAGAAGGAGAUCGUCCAGAAUAGGUUGUCACAAGUGACAGGCUCUGUGAUAUCAGCAGUGAGAGAUGCCUGCAGAAAUGGACUGCUUGAUUGGUCUCCUAGGCUUAUGUUGGCGAUGUAUUCGUGUGAUAUUCAAGCCUCGACGGAUGUCCUUGGGAAAGUCUACGGAGUAGUUGCGAGACGACGUGGUCGAAUUGUGGCUGAGGAGAUGAAGGAGGGGACUACGUUCUUCACAGUAUCUGCUCUUCUUCCCGUUGUGGAGAGUUUUGGUUUCGCAGACGAUAUACGCAAACGAACAUCUGGUGCUGCAAGUCCACAGCUAAUUUUCAGCGGAUAUGAAUUGCUCGACCAAGAUCCUUUCUGGAUACCAACGACUGAGGAGGAGCUGGAAGACCUGGGCGAGAAAGCAGAUCGAGACAAUAUCGCAAAAGGUUACAUGGACAGCGUGCGAGAGCGGAAGGGUAUGUUUGUAGAUCGAAAAAUUGUGCAGUUUGCAGAGAAGCAAAGGACUCUGAAACGGUGAGAUUGGUGGACUUCGCUACCCUACAUAGUGCUGUCCCGAGUUCCUUGUCCUUGGCAUGUAGUCUACGAUAACACGAUAUGAACUUGUGUUAUUACGUAA